UGAAGAUCUCACCACUGUCUACACUCUCUUCCUAAUUUUCAAUGGCUUCUUCUUCUUCUUUAUUGGAUGCUCCCAGAAUCAAACAUGAUGUCUUCAUCAGCUUCAGAGGAGAAGACAUCCGCACUUCUUUUCUUAGCCAUUUGAGAAAAGAGUUGCAUCGUAACCAUAUCGAUUUCUUUGUAGACGACGAGAAACUGCACCCUGGAGAUGACAUUUCAUCCACGCUUAUCCAAGCCAUUGAAGAGUCUUCUAUUUCCUUAGUCAUCUUUUCGGAAAACUAUGCUUCUUCAAGUUGGUGCUUGAAUGAACUUUUGAAAGUAAUUCAAUGCAUGAAACAAGAUCAAAGGAUUGUGAUACCUGUUUUCUACAACGUUGUUCCUUCUGAUGUGCGGCAUCAGAAUAAUUCCUUUAAGGAGGCUUUUGAUAAACACCAACAUAGAUUGAAGGGAAAUAUGAUGAAGGUGCAAAGUUGGAGAUUUGCUUUAAAGGAAGCUUCUAAUUUAUCUGGAUUUCAUUAUCCAUCAAAAUAUCAGGAUGAAUCUAAAUUCAUUGAAGAAAUUGUGAAUGAUAUCUCAGAGAAAUUGUCAUAUAUUUUUUCAAUAGAAUCCAAAGGUCUUGUCGGAAUCGAUGAUAAUUUUAUAAGUGUUGAAUCAUUAUUGGAAAUUGAAUCAAGCAAGGUCCGAAUCAUAGGAAUUUGGGGGAUGGGAGGAAUAGGUAAAACUACUAUUGCUGAAUUCUUAUUUGACAAAUAUUCUUCCCAAUAUGAAGGCAGUUGUAUGUUGAAAAAUGUAAGAGAAGAAUCACAAAAGUUUGGUGUGCCUUAUUUAUGUGAGAAACUUCUUUCUGAGUUAUUAGCCGGAGAAAGCCUUGUUUUGAAAGGAUCAUCCAAAGCAAGAUCUGCUUUUAUCCAGAGAAAGUUGAGUCGAAAAAAGGUUUUCAUAGUGCUUGAUGAUAUGGAUACAUUAGAGCAGUUUGAACAUCUUGCUACACAAUGGUUGGGACCAGGUAGUAGGAUCAUUGUAACUACCAGAGACAAGCAUGUCCUUAGAAAGGUUCAUGGAAUAUAUGAGGUUCAAGGCUUGAGCUUUAAAAAUUCCCUUAAGCUUUUUUGCUUGAAUGCUUUUGACAAAGUCUAUCCUGAAACUGGAUAUGAAGAGUUUUCUGAAAUAGCAGUCAAUUAUGCAAAUGGCGUUCCAUUGGCUUUACGAGUUUUGGGUUCUUUUUUAUACUCUAAAACCAUAGAAGAAUGGGAAAGUGCUUUGGAAAAACUCAAGAUUUAUCCUAAUAAGGAUAUUUUUAAUGUAUUAAAAUUGAGUUAUGAUGGGCUAGAUGACUUAGAGAGGGAAAUAUUCUUGGACAUUGUAUUUUUUUUCAAAGGAGAAGAUAAGGAUGUUGUCAUACCAUUUCUAGAAUCCUGUGGUUUUUUUCCAGCUAUUGGCAUAGGCAAUCUUUCACGUAAAGCUCUUGUAACUAUUUCAAAAUAUAAUAGAAUAGAAAUGCAUGACUUGAUAGAACAAAUGGGUCGAGAAAUAGUUCGUCAAGAAUCAAUUAAAGACCCAGGAAGACGUAGCCGCUUAAGUAACUAUGAGGAUGUCUACAAUGUAUUGAAGAAUAAUAAGGGGACAGAGUCGGUUGAAGGCAUUAUGUUGGACUUGUCUCAAAUUAAAAGAGAUAUACACUUAGAUGCUGACACUUUUAAAAAGAUGCCUAAUAUAAGGUUUCUCAAAUUUUAUGAUUCACGGAGGCAAAAGAAAUCAGCGAAUGUGUACGUUUCUUCAACUCUGGAGUCAUUUCCGAACGAACUAAGAUACUUGGAGUGGAGUGGAUGCCCUGUGAAGUCUCUUGAGCCAAAUUUUUGUGCUGAGAAGCUUGUUGAGCUUUCUAUGCCAGAUAGCCAAGUUUCUAAACUUUGGGAUGGAAUUCAGGAUCUUGUAAAUUUAAAGAAGAUUAACCUUAGGGGAUGCAAGCAGCUAGUGGAGCUUCCAGAUUUUACUCACGCAUCAAACCUUGAAGAAAUAUACCUCACUGAAUGCGUAAGGUUGUUUGAACUUCAUCCAUCCAUUUUAUCCAUCCACAAGCUCGAAAUUCUGAAUGUUUGGGGUUGCAAAGCACUAAAGAGUCUUAAAAGCAAGAUCCAUUUGAAAUCCCUUAAAGAACUCGAUGUUCGUUGCUGCACAAGCAUGAAGGAAUUUUCAGUGUCAUCAGAGGAAUUAACGAGUUUGAAUUUCAAUCGGACAAUAAUUGAAAUGUUGCGAUCAUCAGUUGGCCGUCUCAGCAAGCUUGUAGAGUGUGAUCUGAGUAAUGUGAGACUUGAAACUCUUCCAAACGAGCUGUGUCUCUUAGUAUCCCUUGAGAAACUAAAUCUUCAAGGAUGUAAACAGUUGAUUGAACUCCCUCACAAUAUGAAAGCCCUGUCACGGUUACAGAAUCUCAACAUAACAGAUUGCUGCAGCCUUGAAUCUUUACCGGAGCUUCCACCAUCUAUCAUACGUUUAGCUGCCACCAACUGCGCAUCGCUGGAGAAAUUAUUGAAUGCAGAGACAGUAUUCAGUUUAAAUCUAAUGUCCAUGUCAUUUGAAAACUGCGAGAGACUUGAUGAGCAUUCAUUCUUAGAAUAUGUGCAUCAUGCAAUGAUGGGAGUAGCAAUUAGAGAGAUAUUGGCUGACAUGCUGAAACAUUGUUUGGGCCCUAAUGACCAGCGUGGCAAGAUUUUUUAUCCCGGAAGCAAGGUUCCAUCAUGGAUCAAAUAUCAGACAAGAGAGAGUGCAGUAACCGUUGACCUUGUUGCAGAUCAACCUCAUCAUCUCGAUACGCUAGUGGGUUUCAUUUUGUGCUGUGUUGUUUAUCAUAUUCCUUCUCAUAGAGGGAUUCCUCCAACUGGUCCUGCUCGUUCUGCAAAAUGGCCUCCCAGAUUCAGAUGCGUAUCCGAUUUAUUUGAUAGUACACAGUUUGCUGAAACGAGUAGAUGGAGCUCAGACCAUGUUUGUAUAUGGUUUGAAGAAGUUCCUAGUCGCCAUUCAUUGCGUGACAAGAAUGUUACAUUUAAAUUCGAAGCUGAAUCAAUUAUGAUAAAUUAUGUGGAAGGAAGGCCACGCUUGGACCUGUUAAAAUGUGAAUGGGAGGUGAUAGGGUGCGGGGUUUGCCCACUAUAUGCCUCAGACAUUCUGGAUGUCUUCCAAAAUGUGGAUCCGGGGUUUCACUUCUUUUAUGAUAGAUUUGACCUCGGAUGGCCCAAACAUUUUGAUCAAUCGGUUUUCACUCUUGACCAAGUGAAAACACAGAUUGUUCAGAAGAUGGAAGAUCAACAAAAAGUUCUUCCAUGGAGAAACUCUAGUCCCUUUUAUGAGAGCCUGGAUGAAGAAGAAAACCAAGGUGUUCAAAGAAACAAUUCUCCUCGGUUACCUUCAUGGCGGCUUUUGGUAACCAAAAUAUUAGCAUUUGAGAAAAUGUUAAGAAAUCACUUGUUCAAUCAGUGAAGGCCGAGAAAUUACUACUUCAGUCUUCUUCUAUUGCAAUUUGCAUGUUUUGAAGAAAGACUUUGAAUGUUCAUGCAGCUUCAGAUUUUACCAUUGGUGGAUCUAAGGUGCAAGUCCUUCCGAUGGUUGUUGGCGAUAUACUGAUUUAUGCUUUUUAACUUAAUUCAUACUUCCCUUUAAAACAAUUAAGCUCUUGUUCUGCAGUUAGGUGUCCUUUUGAACUGUGACUCUCAGCAUGCUGUUCAUCUUACUCUAUUGAAGAGUGAACAUUUGAAGUGAUAUAUAUUCACAAAGUAGUCACACUGUGGAAAAUUUUUCAUUACAGGAAGUUCUUGCUGUCUUGGACAGUUGGACUUGGUCUUAUGUUUGCUUCCCCAGAGACAAUUCAGCUUGCCCCUAUGAAGUGUCAUGGUGAUUGGUUAUUUGCAAAACAAGAAGUUUGAUCAAUUGAGAUAGGUCUUAGGUUGUAGCCUCUCUUCUUCACUGGAAAAGGAAAUGCUUUGAUAAAUAGUGUGGAAAUCGUUGGAAUUCGGAGCAUCUAUGUUCAUCAACCACUGGAUAGUUGGUGCUAGUAAUGUUAAUAGUCAAUUAAUUAGGUUUUGUAACACUAGGUGAGGUUAGCUAAAAUUUGUAAACCCAUUUUGAAUCUUUUAAAUGGUUCUGCCUUUAUCUUUAGCAAGUAAUAUCCAGUUAAGGACUCCUAUCCUUUUCCAUAUUUCCCCAUCUUCAGCUGCAUACAGCAAUAUAACAACUUGUUUAAUCCACCCAAAAAAGGCUACAUGAUGUGAGUAACGAGAGAGCUAUAGUGACAUUGAAUUUAACAUUAUAUUAUGCUCAUUAGCUGUA